UUAACCCUGUGUGUAGACGCUGGCUUGUUUUAGUUGAUUAACUCAUUGAAACACUAAUCAAACAGUGCCAAGUCCAGAUCAUCCUCAUUUAAAAGACAGCACGCAGCCAGAUGACACUGACUUCAGAACAGUGAACAACUAUGAGUCCAUUGAAAGACAGCAGUCCUCUCACUACUCAUGUGUUGAACACAGGAGAUGGGGUCCCUGCCGCCAGGAUGGCCCUCAGUUUACACCGCCUGGACCCCCACAUGACCCUCUGGAACCUCGUAACUGUCGGAACCACAAAUUCAGAUGGCCGCUGUCCAGGACUAAUAACCAGCGAUGCCUUCACUCCAGGAAUUUAUAAGAUGCGGUUUGAGACGGGCCAGUACUGGGAGAGUUUGGGACAGGCCAGCUUUUACCCAUAUGUUGAGACUGUCUUCACCAUAACUGAUGCUGAACAGAGAUUCCAUCUGCCAUUGCUCCUCAGCAGAUACUCAUACAGCACCUACAGGGGGAGCUAGUGAGCAGCUCUUCAUUCUAGCAAAUAAACUACUGUUCUCACUCUAUCUGCAUACUGUGCAGUGUAUACUGCAAACUGCUUACUAUUUUUAAAUAGUAUGUGAACAGUACAUAUUAUGUGAGAAUAAACAUUUCAAACAGCAGUAAAAACAAAGCUACAUUGUUGUCACAUGACCUCACCAUGUUUAAAGGGAUAGUUCACCCAAAAAUGAAAAUUCUCUCAUCAUUUACUCACCCUCAUGUCAUCCCAGAUGUGUAUAACUUUCUUUC